AUGGAAGGUAAAGCUUUCAUUAUUUAUUGUGAUGCCUCAUAUUUGGGCUUGUGUGUUGAGUUGAUGCAAGAAAGAAAUGUCAUAGCUGAUGCAUCGCGACAGUUGAAGGUGCAUGAGAGAAAUUACCCGAUACAUGAUUUGGAGUUAGUAGUGGUAAUGUUUGCUCUCAAGAUCUGGCGGCAUUGCCUUUAUGGUGUCAAAUGUGAGGUGUUUACUGAUCAUCGUAGUCUACAACAUGUAUUCACUCAAAGGGACCUAAAUUUGAGACAGAUAAGGUGGAUGGAGUUACUCAAGGAUUAUGAUGUUACCAUCCAGUAUCAUCGGGGUAAGGCUAUUGUGGUGGUAGACGCACUAAGUCAGAAGAUGGUAAAGUAUGAGCACCAAAGUUCUGCAGGUUUGCUUCAGGGAAUGCCAAUUCCGGAAUGGAAGUGGGGGAAGGAUAGCUAUGAAUGUUAUGGGCCAGUGGCUUAUAGAUUGGCUUUAUUGCCUAGCCUAUGUAGAGUUCAUCCAGUGUUCCAUGUGUCCAUGUUGAAUAAGUAUCAUGGGGACAAAGAUUACAUCAUAAAGUGGGACUCAAUUUUGUUAGACAAAGACCUUCAUACGGAGGAACCAGUUGCAAUUCUGGAUCGCGAUGUUCGAAAGCUGAGAACUAAGGAGAUAAUGUCUGUGAAAGUUAAAUGGAAGCAUCGUCCUAUUGAGGAAGCUACUUUACUCUUGCUUUAG